UCUUUGGUUUUGAUCGCACCACUGCAGUUGCUCUAAGCUGAGUAAACUUUACAUUGCUCUGAUAUUCUCUGCACUGCUAUUUCCGAGAAGUAAGCGUAUUCCCCGCUUGAGUAUUUAUAUGGGAUAAUUAGAGUUUAGUACUCAGGUUUAGACCAACAUUAGGUUUCGGUCUAACAUUUGUCCAACGUUAGGCCUUGAUAUGACUGGAUGUUGACCGUGGUUGACUGUUUACGACGGCUUGGAUGUAAGAGAACAAUUAACCCUAAUACUUCAUUCUUGUUCCUCCGCAUCCAUUUCCAACUCAAUCUUCGUCUUCUUCAACACCCAUUCUCUUCACCGAUCAGUUCGAUUAACACCACAUCUGAAUCAAAUUAAACCCUAAACCCUAACCAUUGUUCAUCUCCAACUCAUGUUCUUCCCUCUUUAUCGUAUCACCUGCUCCCUGUAACAAAUUCAAGCAGCAAACUCCAUCUUUGUAACAGCGUAACAACUCAAAUUUCUUCUCUUAAAUUCCCAAAUCUUUAUCAAUUUCAGAUCACUUCAAACAGACAAAACCCAUAUUAAUUGAUCCAAGUGAAAACCCCAAUUUAAUUUCAUAUAUCGAAAUCCCCCAAUCUUUGAAUCAAGCAAACCCUUUCUACUGAAUCAAAUCAAACCUCAAUUUCUGGAUCAAAACCCCAAUUUUGCCUAAUUAAAACCCCAUUUCCUAAAUCAAAAUCCCACUUUUACCAAAUCAAAAACUUAAUUUCACUAAUAGAAACCCUAAUAUUUGUUGUUAUUUUCUGAACUGGUGGUGUUGGUUAAGAUGGAGUGGUGUUAUAUAAGUGGUGGAUAUCGCGAUGCUGAUGAAGAAAUGACUAUGGAGGCUGUGAUGGUCUCUUCCUGCCAAUGGUAUCGAUGAGUUAAGAGGAAGAAAUUGAAAGGUAAAGAGACGAAGAAACUGAACCGGUGGUCGGAAGAUGGAAGAGAAGAAGGUGGGAGUGGGAUCGAGAGUUCAAAGUUGGGUUAGGUUAGGUUCGCGAAGCGUGUAAAAUGUAUGUGUGACUAUAAGGGUGAUUUAGUCCAAAUAAAGAGUAAAUAGUAGAUGGCAUAAUGUUUUAUUUUUUUUAAUAAUUACUAAACAGAAGUCAAAAUUUAACAUGGUCAACUAGGAUCAAUAUCCAGUACAUGGUCAACUAGGAUCAAUAUCCAGUCCAGGUACCAAGUGCUAAUGUUGGACAAAUGUUAGAUCAUAGCCUAGUGUUGAUCUAAACCUGAGUACUAAACUCCAAUUAUCCUAUUUAUAUUUGUUAGACGAUGCUGACAACUUAAAGCUAUACAGAUUUGAUGAAGAGGUAGCGAAAUUUCUGAGGGAUGGCAUUCAAACAGCUAAGAAUGCAAAAACUAAAUAUAGGUAUGUGAGCGGCUGUUUGCACAUCAUUGAGUGUCUAUACUCUCAAGAAAAACUUCCCAUGAUUCAUAGCCAGAACAGAUGUGAACAACAGAAGGAAAAUGAAGUAGAGACGGAUGAGUCCACGUCUGAGCUAGAUACACCAUUCUCGUGCAAAAGACCACGAAGUGAUACUGGAAACUGCUCUGUGAAAUACCGUCUCAAAAAGGAGCCACGGUCAGAAAACAGUAAGGCUGAGGUUAUUAACAUUGACGAUGACAGUAGUGAUGAAGAUGUUAACGAAGAAGAUGACUAUGAAGAAGACGAAGAAGCGACGGAUGAUGAAGAACAGUUCCACGAGGUACCUAAAUCUUUUUUGGCAGCGAAAAGAGAGAGGAUCGACAAUGCACCAUCACCAUCUGAGUAUAUGAGCCCUGGUCAACUAUUUGAAGGGCAGCAUCGCAGUGAUUGUGUGGUUCUCAAUGAUGGAAAAUGUGAAAAUGUAGGAGGCUUCAGUGUUCUUAAAACACAAGCAAAGUUAUAUGAGAAAAUAUGGUUGAAAUAUGGCCAUUUCGCUUCGAACAAAGUUUUAAAAGAUUCGUAUGCCCAAGUAUCGGUUGUCUCAGGAAUAAUGACUACUAUUAUUAAUAUGCAUCGUCGUCGUUUUUCUGAUCUGACAUCCGAGAUUAUUGAGGUUUGGGAGGAUACCAUACAGAACGCUGAGAAAGUUGAAUUCAACAUUAGGUGGGUUCGUGAGUGGUUGGAGGAUGUAAAAAAAGAUUUCUUUGAAAAAGAGAAGCUUGCGGCUGCAUUUAUCGAGCAGGAUGAACUAUUACGGGCAGAAAAUAAAAAGUCCAUUGCAGCGAAGAAUGCCUUGGAGGAGGCAGAAAGGAAUAUUGCUGCUUUAAAAACAAAAAUUAAUCUCUUGAUCAAGGAUAGGCGAAAGUAUGAAGAGAAAGACAGCCAUUUACUCUCCCAAGGGCGGUUGUAGUUGGAUGAGCAUGGCUGUUGGUGGUGUACAUUUUGGUUGAAUUAGACUUUUUGGAUGAAGAAAAAAAGAGAAAAAUCUGUUAUCUGAAUACAGAAACACAUAAUCUCUGAUCAUUCAAAUGUUAAAAACUCUUGUACAGUGUCUAACAUUGAGAUGUUUUGAAGCUUAAGUUCUGCUCCAGAAGUUUUUGUUAACUACAAAUUUGGGGCUUUAAAGGCAGGAAGUUGUUUCAUCAAGUUCAACUUGUACUACUCACCAAACUAUAAUAUACUUUUUGUACAAAGAAUUGUAGAGCGCAGGAAAUUAACCAAGGUUGAAAUCCAGAGAGAGUUCUGCGUACUUUUUCUUUGAUAGGCAAAAACCCGACCUAGACCCCUAUCCAAAUCCGGCCAGUUGGACUAGCACAUUGCUAGACCCAACCUCCGGUUAUUUCUGGCCUACACUAAACAACAUAUGGGGUC